UUGAAAGUCCAAGAUGGCGAACACUGAUUGAUCUUUGUGCAGUAAAGGAGUGUUGGAAAAAUUGCGUUUGCCCGAAUAGCUGGACCCAAAAUAAUUGUUGCAGUAUCCUCAAGCAAAGAAAAAUUCGGAACUACCACUGCUAAAAAAAAGGACCAUGCUCGUGGACUAGGAAUACAGAGAUCCUUGAAACCGGGGGUGGCACUUUAAAUUAAGUCACCAUCCUGUGUCUCAGAGGUGGCACUUGUAUUUGGUAGACCACCUUAAAUAACCAGUCACACCCAAUUUACUGUAACACAGCUAUAGGAGACUGAGGCACAGCAGAUCUAGUCAAAAUGGCGUCUAGUUUGGAUGAUUUCAUGGCCAACGUGGUCACAAAUGACACGCACAAGCGCCUGGAUGCGUACAAUGGACUCGUUGGAUACUUAAGUGAGCCGCGGUCAUCAUUGCAGUGUGAGAAUAUGGACGAGUUUGUGGACGGUUUGGUGGCAUGGAUGAACAGUAGUAACUAUAAGAUAUCUGGUAAUGGUUUAGAAGUACUUUCACUUUUAAUAGAUCGGAUGGGGGAGCGCUUUAAAAGCCACACAAUGACAGUAUUGUCCAAUGCAGUAAAUAGAUUAGGAGACAAUCAUGAUGAGGUCAGGAACUUGUCACAGUCAGUGCUACUGAAGCUGAUGCACAUCAACACACCACAGUCUGUAUGGGAUCGUCUCAUGACAGGAUUCUCACAUAAAUUGUGGCGGGUCCGGGAGGAAACACUCAUCUGUCUGCAGCAAACCAUUGAAAUGUGA